CCCUCUCUCUCUCUCUCAUGCACACUCACCUUCCCCUGUGCCCUGCCGGGGGGCGCCACUCCUGACUCUGUCCCCGGAGGAGACGUUCUCUCCCCAUGGCCAGUGCCAACUGCAAGGUGGCGGCCUCUCUGUUCAAGAGGACGCUGUGCCUGUCCCCGGCCCAGAAGCCCAGCGGACAGAGGUCUCUGCUGACUGUCAGCAGGCUGCAGGAGAGGGGGCUGAGGGAAGGCCGCACCGUCCACAAGUGCUUCUCCCCCCACAAUGUCCCCCUCUGCAGGUUUCAUGCCGUCUCUUUACCCCGACAGGACAACAUGAGCCCCAGCCUGAGGACCUGCUACAAGUACCUGAAUGAGACCAGCCGCAGCUUCGCCGCCGUCAUCCAGGCCCUGGACGGGGAGCUCCGGCACGCGGUCUGUAUUUUCUAUCUGGUUCUGCGCGCUCUGGACACUGUGGAGGACGACAUGACCAUAGGGCUGGAAACCAAGAUCCCCAUGCUGCACAACUUCCAUACCUUCCUCUACGAAGCUGACUGGAGGUUCGAGGACAGCAAAGAGAAGGAUCGCCAGGUGCUUGAGGACUUCCCAACAAUCUCCCUGGAGUUCAGGAACCUGGCUGUGGUCUACCAGGAGGUGAUUGCUGACAUCUGUCAAAAGAUGGGGGUGGGGAUGGCGGAGUUCCUGGAGAAGCAUGUGGAGUCUUUACUGGAAUGGGACAAGUACUGUCACUAUGUAGCCGGUUUGGUGGGGAUUGGCCUGUCCCGUCUGUUCUCUGCAUCUGAGCUGGAGGACCCCAUUGUAGGAGAGGACACGAGGCUCUCCAACUCCAUGGGCCUGUUCCUGCAGAAGACCAACAUCAUCCGCGAUUACCUGGAGGAUCAGUUGGAAAGCCGAGAGUUCUGGCCGAAGGAGGUGUGGAGUAAAUAUGGGAAGAAGCUGUCGGACCUUGCCAAGCCGGAAAAUAUUGUGCCAGCCGUACAGUGUCUGAAUGAGCUCAUCACCAACGCCCUCCAACAUGUGCCUGACGUUUUGCUGUACCUGUCCAGACUGCAAAACCAAAGUGUGUUCAACUUCUGCGCAAUCCCUCAGGUUAUGGCUAUUGCCACACUGGCCGCCUGCUACAACAACCAGCAAGUGUUUAAAGGAGUGGUGAAGAUCCGGAAGGGCCAGGCUGUGACUCUGAUGAUGGACGCCACAAACAUCCAGGCUGUUAGGGCCAUCAUGUAUCAGUACGUGGAGGAGAUCUACCAGAAGAUUCCAAUGACGGACCCAUCUUCUGGGCGGACACAAAACAUUGUGGCUACUGUCAGGAAGUUGAGUUUGUCCAGUGGCUCUCUGGUGUCCCGGCACAGCUUUUCCCCCAUAUAUCUGUCCUGCGCCAUGUUACUGGCGGCCCUCAGUUGGCAGUACCUGAGCACCGUACAGGCCUCAGAGGAGGUCCAUACGGGCCAGUGACCCGGAACAAUUCGCUUAUAAUGUACCCAUCUCCAUUCAGUUCUCCAUGGUAGUAAUCUCUUCUGCAUCUCGGAGAAUUAUGGGGCUGGGGCCCUUCUGAGGACACCUAUUCAGCCGAGAUCCUUGCACUCAAAAAGCACAUUUAUCAAGCCUUGCUUGACUCAAACUGGCGUCUCAUCUCCAUGACGUUUAAUCCCAAGGGAGACACUGAAACUGGAUUUAUUCCAAAACUCGUAGCUAUAUCAGAUUAUUCUUUUGAAAGUAUUAGUGAUCGGACUAUAGUGCAGGUCUGGAUGGUACUGAAAGGAGCACUGUGGACCCGUAUCUAAGCUAUCCCAACAUGGCUGGAGAAUAAGUGGACUGUAAUAUAACCAAUGAGGUGGACUCUUGUUAUCCCAUAUGGUUUUCUGAUUGGGCUUUCAUGUUCUAAAUUGUUAUGGCUGACAUCAGCAUUAAUGACCCCACAAGUCUUUGAAUGUAGACAGGCUUAAGUACGUCAAAACUAAGGGAAAAGUCUAAAAUAUAAUAAUUAUAAAGGGAACGUAUUAAAGCGGAGUUCCACCUAAAAAUGGAACUUCCGCUUAAUCCAC